CCCGAUCAUGGAACCAAGCUGUGAAGAAAUCAGCGUUCAAGAUGAGGCUGUGGAUAAAAAGCAUUUUAAGACAUGCAAGCAAAUUGCCUUUUACAGGCGUCAGAAAUGUUUAAGUCCUGGGAAGUCUCCAUACCAAGCCUUACUGCAAACUGUGGAACAAUCCAACAGCAAUGUCAAAUUCCAAAUUUUCAAUGAAGAGAGCAAGGUAACUCUUUCAGUAGAAAUAUAUGAAAUAGAGGGCAAUAUUUUCAGACUUAAAAUAAAUGAGGUAAAUCCACUCAAGCCAAGAUAUGAAGUCCCUGAUGUUCUCAUAAAGGAACCAGCUAGCUUGAGGCUGAAGAUAUCAGAGAAAGAUGCAGACAAAGUUGUGCUGGUAGGUGCUGAGCAAGACCAGCAGAUUCAUAUAAUGGCAAAACCUUUUCAAAUACAGCUUAUUUCUAAGGAUGAAAUUUUACUGAGCAUGAAUUCCAAUGGCCUGUUGUAUUUGGAACACCUACAGUCACCGCCUCAAAGCAGGAAAUCUACUUCACAAGAAAAGGAAAGUGGAUUGGCAGACUCUUUUAAGGAAACUGAAGAAGAUUUAGGUCUCUGGGAAGAAAAAAAUGGCAACUUUUUAGACAUCAAAGCUAAUGGUCCUAGUAGUGUAGGUUUAGAUGUUUCUUUGCAUGGAUUUGAACAUCUCUAUGGAAUACCUCAGCAUGCAGAAACCCUCCUCUUGAAAAAUACCAGUGAUGAUGAUAUCUACCGGCUUUAUAAUCUGGAUGUCUUUGGAUAUGUCAUCCACAGCAAAAUAGGGAUUUACGGUUCAGUGCCCUUACUUCUAGCACAUAAGCUUGAUCAGACAGUUGGAGUCUUUUGGCUAAAUUCCUCAGAAACAUUGGUGGAGAUUUCUACAAAAGCUUCAAUGAAGGUUUUACCUUCUCAAACUCCACACGUGUCCAAACAGAGAGUAGUGCCUCAAACUGAUGUGCGCUGGAUGUCAGAAAGCGGAAUCAUUGACAUGUUCAUCCUAAAGGGACCCAGCCCUUUUGAUAUUUUUAAGCAAUAUGGACAGCUAACAGGCACUCAGGCUUUGCCUCCCCUCUUCUCUCUUGGAUACCAUCAGUGCCGCUGGAAUUAUGAAGAUGAGGCUGAUGUACAAAAGGUGGAUGCAGGUUUUGAUACCUUUGACAUCCCCUAUGACGUCAUAUGGCUAGACAUUGAGCAUACUGAUGGCAAGCGGUACUUCACUUGGGACAAGAAGAGAUUUCCCAAUCCUGAGAAGAUGCAGAAGCAGAUACUUAUGAAGAAAAAACGCAAGCUGGUUGUCAUUGUGGACCCUCAUGUUAAGAUUGAUCCUCUUUAUACUAUAUACUCACAAGCAAAAGCGAAAGGAUUAUUUGUAAAAAAUCGUAAUGGUGAAGAUUUUGAGGGCAUCUGCUGGCCAGGUCUCUCAUCAUACCUGGAUUUUACCAAUCCUGAAGUCCGACAAUGGUAUGCAGAUCAGUUUGACUUCAAAACAUACAAGGGUUCUUCUGAAAUUGUUUUUAUCUGGAAUGAUAUGAAUGAGCCUUCAGUCUUCAGAGGAAUAGAACAAAGCAUGUCAAAAGACGCCAUUCAUUAUGGCAAAUGGGAACAUCGAGAUGUUCAUAAUCUCUAUGGCUUCUACCAGCAAAUGGCAACUGCAGAAGGGCUGGUGAAACGAAGUGGAGGGCUGGAAAGACCCUUUGUUCUUACCCGCUCUUUCUUUGCUGGAUCGCAGAAGUAUGGUGCAGUGUGGACUGGAGACAACACAGCAGAUUGGAGUUACUUGAAAAUCUCCAUUCCAAUGUUGCUGACAAUCAGCAUUGCGGGAAUUUCUUUCUGUGGUGCGGAUGUCGGUGGAUUUAUUGGAAAUCCACAACCAGAACUACUGGUUCGAUGGUAUCAGGCUGGGGCUUUGCAGCCUUUCUUCAGAGGCCAUGCCAAUAGGAACACCAAGCGUCGUGAACCCUGGCUAUUUGGGGAGAAGAACACAAAGAUCAUCAGGGAAGCUGUUAAGGAGCGCUAUUCCCUGCUUCCUUACCUUUAUACACUGUUCUAUCAGGCACACAGCAUGGCUGAACCAGUUAUGAGGCCUCUCUGGGUGGAAUUUCCAAAGGAAUUAGAAACUUUUGGCAUUGAAGAUGAGUACAUGCUUGGAAGUGCUUUGUUGGUGCAUCCAGUCGCUGCUCCAAAAAUCAGUACAAUCAGUGUCUUUCUGCCAGGCACACAAGAGAUUUGGUAUGACUUCCGAAAAUUUAGGCGUGUGGAAGGUCAUGGCAUCUUGAAGAUCCCAGUAACAUUGAACAAUAUUCCUGUAUUUCAACGUGGUGGGACUAUUAUACCUUUGAAGAUUUCUGUAGGAAAAUCCACAGAAUGGAUGGUAGAUGUUCCAUAUGAACUGCAUGCUGCACUAGAUUAUAAGGGAUGUGCAACAGGUAAACUAUACCUGGAUGAUGGCCACUCAUUUCAUUAUCUCCAUGAGAAACAGUUCCUGCUCAGAAAGUUCAGCUUCCAUGAGAAUGUCCUUUCCUCCAGAUGUGCUGGUGAAGAAGGGCUAUUCCAGACAAAAUGUGUAGUUCAACAGAUACUGAUUUUGGGAAUAAAAAAGGAGCCCUCUGUUGUGACAGCAACUAUGUUUGAUGGAAAAGAAGACAAGACAGUGGCUUUCACCUAUGAUACCAGAAAUUCUGUGCUGACCCUUCAAAAACUUUCCUUAAACAUUGGCAAUAACUGGGAACUUCGUAUCAAAUGAAAGCGCAGCUUCAGAGAUGCAGAUGAAAAACUGAAAAAUAAUACUUUGAACAAUUAGCAUGCUUUUUUAAAAUUGAUUGCUUUUAAAAUAGACAGAACCUCAAAUGUGACACACCAAGUACUGUUUGUAUAAUUUAAUUGAUUCAUAUUCAAAAUGUUUUUCAUGGAUGAAAACUUUCUGAUAUUAUUUGCAAAAACUGUUCCUGGGGAUAAUUGAUCUUAUUCCAGAUUUUGCAGUUCCGUAUUAAUUAUUUUAUUUUUUUGCUAUAUCUAUGCAAUAGUUCUCUUGCUUUUAUAACACUUUCGAAGUAAAUUAUCUGGCUACGUUUUAAUUGGUGCACUGUUCUGUUUUGGGUGGAUUCUAUUUAGCAAUUUGACACGCAUUAAUUCUUCUAAGAAGUUCUUAGAAAGAAGAAAUGCAAAUGAGAAUAGUUACAAUAGGUAUACAUCUGCCACAGAGAGAUUCUGCUUCACAAAACAUAAAUGCAUUUUUAUAUGGGAUAAAGACAUCUUGAAUUAAUGAACUCUACCUUUCUUUUAGCUGAUGCACUUCAGAUGUGUUGGGCUAUAUAGAAUCCCCAUAAAAAUUGUGAGAAUCAUCCUCCCAUUAUGUACAAAAAGAAAACAAUGAUAUGAUAAACUGUAAGGGAAUGGUAAAACAGUAUCACAGAAGGGAAACCAAUUCAGGCUUUAUUUUGCUGAGCAAUUAAUAUUUCAUAUGGAAAUAAUUUACCAAAAGUAACUUUUUCUGUUUGUAGAGCACAAAAGCCUAAUUGCCAUUUCAGUAUUAAAAGGGCCAUAUUUUAGAAGUGCCCAGAACAUUCAGAAUCUCAAGUUUUCAUAACAAAUGCCUCUUCUUUCAGAACAUACCUGCUUAUUGAGGCAGAACUUGCCUAAGGAAAGAGUCUCAGGACAUAGAAUCAGCACUCUCAUUAUAAAGAAAAGAUAUACAUGUCUCCUCACUCCUUAAAAAAUGUAUAUUUUCUUCCAUUGUAUUGCGUUGUGUCCCACAUAGCAAAGAUAUAGCUAUUAGAAUCAUGUAAAAGUAGUGUAACAUUUUUGCUAAAUAUAUUCUGCAUCAUAAAGUAUAUAUAGGUUGAAGCAUUGUUUUUUGUAUGAUU